AUGAGAUACUCUAGUUUAUUAACAACUGCUACGAUUAUCACUUCCGUGCUUUGUCAACAUAUCAAACCUCGCGAUGAAGAAACCGACGUCAAAACCUCCUCAGGUUCCCAAUUUCAACCAAAAGUAUUGAUCAUCUCCAUGUUUGGACUCGAAAGAGAUCCAUGGUUGGAAUCAAUGGACCUUAUUCAAAACAUAACCAUCCCAGGAUUGUCUCCCAUGUAUCCCACCAUUCAUUGCACAACCAAUGGUACCAUUUGUCAAAUUACCAUUGAUGAGGGUGAAAUCAACGCCGCUGCUUCGAUGACUGCAUUGACUCUUUCUCCGUUAUUUGAUUUAUCCAAGACAUAUUUCCUAAUUGCUGGUAUUGCUGGUGGUGAACCACAAUAUACUACUUUAGGAGGGGUAACGUUUGCCAGAUUUGCCGUACAAGUUGGUUUAGCAUAUCAAUUCGGGUAUGAUGAUUACAUUAAAGAACAUCCAGAUUGGACUACUGGUUAUAUACCAUUUGGAGUUUCUGACCAAGAUUCAUAUCCUGAAAGUGUAUUUGGAACUGAAGUAUUUGAAGUCAAUGAAAAGUUGAGAGAUCGUGCUGUUGAAUUGGCGCAAAAAGUCAACUUAAACAAGGGUAAUGAACUUAAUGCCCAAUUCAGACAAUUGUAUACUGAGGAAGUUGCCCGGGCUGAGCCUGCUAUUUACAAAUGUGAUGUUUCAACUUCUGAUAAUUACUUUACUGGAAAUAUCUUAAACGACUACGCGGCAAAUUUCACAAAACUAAUGACAAAUGGUACCGCCACUUAUUGUGCUACUGCUUUGGAAGAUAAUGCAACGUUGGAAGUCUUGACUAGAUUAAGUAAGUCAGGUUUGGUUGAUUUUGAUCGAGUUAUGAUUAUGAGAUCAAUUGCUAAUUUUGCAAGACCUCCUCCAUCUAUGAGUGCACUUGACUUCUUCUUUAAUGGAACCACUGGUGGUAUUGAAGCUUCGCUUGAUAAUUUGGUUAUUGCAGGUACUCCGAUCAUUCAUGAUAUUUUAACAAAUUGGGAAACUGAUUACAAAAACGGUAACAAGUAUGCGUCUAAUAAUUAUAUAGGUGAUGUCUAUGGUACUUUGGGUGGUACCCCAGACUUCGGCUUUGAUUCAUAUAUUGAAUUUUAA